GAAGAAAAAAAAAAAAAAAAAAAAAAAGCCCCCCCCCCCCCACACACUCUCCCUCCCUCCCUCCCUCCCUCCCGCCCCCUCCACACGGCUCCGGUGUCACUUUCCCAAGCUUUCCCCUCACUCGAGAUGGAGCUGUGACAUGUUGACACCUCUCCUCGUCUGGUUAGCUUCUCGUCUUCCUCCAACGCGGGACAUCUUGCCGUCAAACUGUCCCGCGCUCCGUGACAUUUCCACACAGAUGAUCCCGCCGCCGCCGCCGCCAUCAUCAUCAUCAUCAUCAUCAUCAGCAGCAGCAGCAGCCGAAGGCUCGAGCGUUGUUGCAACAUGAGAGCCGCAGGCGUGGUUGCAGCCCCGCGCGAUCCCAUAUAGCGGCUGUCCGCGCUACUGUUCCCACGAUGGAGGCCGUCGCGCCGCGCGGAGUGUAGAGCCGCCUUCGGGCUCCUCCACGCUUUCCUCCGGAUCCGCCGUGACUCUCUCUCGGGCCGCCGCGCGGAGGAUGUUGGAGUCAGGAUGCUGCGCUUCCCCGUGAAGAAGAUCCGGAAGCAGUUCAAGCUGCUGCUGCUCCUGGUGCUGCUGACCUCGGCCGUGUGGUUCACCUACCUGCACAUACACCAGGGCAAGACCAUCAAACUCCACUUGAACUACGCCAAAGAUGGAGAGAGACAGACGGACGGCUCGGACACGAGCCGCAAGAGGGACACUCGCUCCUCGACGAGCCACCACAAGAAUGAGGACACCAGCGACAGUAGGGAGGAUGAAGUGGCGGAUGACGAGACGAUUGCAGGAGUUUCCGACAGCAGAGGCCACUCCCACAUCCGCAAGUUUCUUACUGAGCACUAUAAGAAAUUGCCAUGGAAACCAGAGCAUAAGGGCCUAGCCAACCUUCAUGUGUUCGAGGACUGGUGUGGCUCCUCUGUAGCCCAACUCAGAAAGAACCUGCACUUCCCCCUCUACCCUCAUACAAGAACGACUUUGAAGAAGCUGGCCGUGGCUCCGAAGUGGAAGAAUUAUGGCCUGAGAAUCUUCGGCUUCCUUCACCCUUAUCGCGAUGGUGAUUUCCAGUUUUCAGUAUCAUCUGAUGAUAAUUCAGAGUUUUGGCUGAGUCCUGACGAAAGUCCUGUCAACGCCAGGCUGCUGGUCUAUGUAGGACAGCUGGGUACAGAGUGGACAGCUCCAGGCGAGUUCAACAAGUUCAGGUCCCAGUCCUCAAAGUCUGUGCACCUGAUGUCAUCCAGACGCUACUACUUUGAGAUUCUGCACAAGCAGGAUGACAAGGGCUCAGAUCACGUGGAGGUUGGGUGGCGUCCAUUCCUCCCUGGUCUGAAAUACGAAGUGAUAGACUCGGCCUACAUCUCACUGUACGCAGACGAGUCCAGCCUCAAGAUGAACAGCGUUGGUCACAUCCCUCAGACAUUUGCCAGUCACGUCGGCCUCCCGCAACACUUUCUGCCCCGAAAGGCGGAAGAAGGUGGCACCCCGCAGCACGGAGCAGAUAUGCUGAAGCCAGACCCGAGGGACACCUUCUAUAGCACUCCCGUGAUUGACCCGUCCCGUCUGGAAAACGUUCUGCCUGCUUGUCUUUACUCUCCCACCUACGUCGUCAAAGAUUUCCCCAUCGCGAGAUACCAGGGCCUGCAGUUUGUUUAUCUGUCAUUCGUCUACCCAAACGACUUCACCCGGCUCACACACAUGGAGCGAGAGAACAAGUGUUUCUACAGAGAGUCCCCCAUCUACUUAGAAAAGUUCGGCUUCUACAAGUAUAUGAAGCUGGAUGAGGAGGAGGACGACGACAGACCGUUCUUUUUCCCGAACCCCGACGAUUUCCUAGAGGAAGGCGAAAUGGUGGAUAUGGAAGACGAGGCAGAGAUUGUCGGCACGCAGUCUCCCAGGAAGCCUCAAACAAGCCAUGCCUCCAAAGCCUCCCAUCAGCACCCUCAACCUGGACCUACUUUUGCAGGUAAAGACGUAAAGGAUGAAGAGGUGGAUCCUGAUGAGAAGGAAGACGGUGCAGUCGAUAGUAUUAUAAACCGCAGAGAAAGGAGACACUUUGCCUACAGCGAUGAUGAGAUGGAGAGGGACACGAACUGGAAAAGAGCUCAAACAAGGACUAAUGGGAGUCAUGAUGCCAGAGAGGAGCUGUCAGAGCUCCAGUCCAGGAUGCAUCACUCUGACACAGAUAGCGUGGCCCCGGGUCGCUCACUAUCCUGGAGCCGUCACAGUCGUGCGGGGCUCAGCCCGACCGGUGAAGGAGGAGGAGAGAAGGAGGCUGAGGCGCCACCUAAAUUGACUAGAUCUUUCUUCUUUCCCAAAAAGUCCUCCAUCCCUGCUCGCGCCAAGCGGAUUCAGAGCAACUCUGCCCGCACCGACACUCUCCGUAACAACAACAAUCAGCUCGCUGGGAGCAAGAAAGAGAAGAAUAAGGAGAAUAAGAUCUACAUCACCAGGCCUCGGCCCAACAGGGAGCGAGAGAAGGAACGGGGGUGGCGUCGAGAGAGGAGGGAGGAAAGGGCCUCUCGCCACCCUAGAGACGUAUUCCCUGGAGUCUUUCUGUACCAGACUGGGAAGACCACAAGACUGGUCAAACCUGGGGACAAAGGGCAUGCUGGGGGGGUUAAGAGCGGAGGAAGGAGUCCAGUAAGCGCUCCUCAGCUGUGGCCCGAUCCACCCACAAAAGGCGCUAAGGCAUCGCUUCUCAAUCAAAGCAUCAACAUUCCAAACGCAAGCGUUCAAAAGUCUCCCGACAAGGAAACGGCUCUAACGCAGCCAGGUGAGCCACACGGCAAAGGGGAGAAGCUCGCUUUGAAGAGGACCGCCGCUACCGGCUCGCCCAACAAAUCACACCGACUCACCUCGAGGUCUCAUCACCAAGACACCACCCGGCAUUCUCCUCACCGGCUGAACUCCACCGGAAACAUCCGAGGUCAAUUGCGAGUGACCUCUUACCUCAGGACCACCGAGAUCACAGAGUCGCAGCCAGACCCCAAACGGGCAGAGCUGGAGCGGGACACAAACAAGUCUAAUCCCGACCCAGAGGCGGAACCGGAGGAGGGCGAGACAUCGGACUACAGCUACGAGGAGGUGGAGGCGCGGCCGGGAUGGGCGGAGGAGAGUAUCAACUGGCAGAGGACCUUCUCUGUGAACCCCAUGGACUUUGAGCUUCUGCGCUCCGACUGGAACGACCUGCGCUGCAACGUGUCUGGUAACCUCCAGCUGGCAGAGAGCGAGGUGGUGGAUGUGCUGGCUCAGUACAUGGAGAAGCUCAACGAACGCAACGGCGGGAUUUACACCCUGCUGCGAAUCAUCAAUGUCGAGAAGCGGCGAGACUCUGCCAGAGGGAAUCGCUACCUUGUGGAGCUGGAGCUGAUGGAGAGGGGCCGCAGUGUGGUGCGACUGUCCGAAUACAUUUAUCUGAUGCUCCACCGGGGCAGGCGAGUCAACGAAAGCCUUGAGAACACAGAGGCGGCCCCGGCCUCGGGCCCCUCUGCUGCCACGUCCAACCUCGGCGCCGCUCCGCACCCGCCCCCCACCAAAUCGCCCUCACGGCCUGGAGCCACGGCCUGGAGCGCAGCCUACGCCAAACCUCUCCUCUGCCAGCCGGUCAUGCUACAGUGGAGGCAAGAUGUGAUGGUGCACUUUGUGGUACCAGUGAAGAAUCAAGCUCGCUGGGUCCAGCAGUUUAUUUCGGACAUGGAAAAUCUUCAUCAUCAGACCAAGGACGACAAUUUCAGCAUCAUCAUUGUUGACUUUGAGAGUGAAGACAUGGAUGUGGAGCAGGCACUUAGAGACAGCAGCGUUCCAAGAUACGAGUAUCUGAGGAGAAAAGGGAACUUUGAGCGCUCAGCGGGACUACAGAUCGGAGUGGAUACCAUUGAAGAUAGCCACAGCAUUGUGUUCCUGUGUGACCUGCACAUUCAUUUCCCCUUCAACAUAUUGGAGAGCAUCAGGAAGCACUGCGUUGAAGGACGCCUUGCUUUCGCUCCCAUUGUUAUGAGACUCGGCUGCGGGAGUUCGCCACGGGAGCCCGACGGUUAUUGGGAGGUAAACGGCUUUGGUCUGUUUGGGAUCUACAAGUCUGAUUUUGAAAAAAUCGGCGGGAUGAACACAGAAGAAUUCAAAGACCGCUGGGGUGGAGAAGACUGGGAGCUUCUGGACAGGGUAUUGCAGAAUGGUUUGGAAGUCGAGCGACUCCGCUUGAGAAACUUCUUUCACUACUACCACUCCAAACGUGGCAUGUGGAAUGCCCAAAACAAGAAAUCCGCAAAGGGAUAACGCCGUGCCUGUAUACUAAUCUACCUGCAGAUCUGCUGUUGGUGUGUGUGAGGGAGAGCUGAGAGUGCCCGCUCACCGACGGCCAAUGUUUCAGCAUCCUUCGCAGUCUUGUCUGUUUGAGGGAUCAAAGUCCAAAUGUGAACUUUGCAAGGGAGCCGUUGGCACAGAUAAUCCUGCGUAACUUUUCAGUCAUCGAUUGGAGUACUUGAGGGAAAAGAAAUGCUCCCCCCCUCCUUCUCGUUGCCCAAUACCAGUGCAAUGUUUUCGGAAGAACUGGAAAGCAGCCGUUUUUCUGUAUGUAUGAAAGUGCACAUGUACAGUGUGUGUGUGUGUGUGUGUAUAUAUGUAUAUAUAUAUAUAUAUAUAUAUAUAUAUGUAUAUAUAUAUAUAUAUAGUGUGUGUGUGUGUGUGUGUGUGGAUGAAGAUUAAGAAAGCACCUUUUUUUCUAAUAAGGAUUUUUUUUUUUCCUAGGAUUGCGCGCACAUGACAGUCUAAUGUGAAUGUGCGCCCCAAUAGAGUCCGUCGUGGGGACGUCCCUAAAUAAAUCAUCUGCUCACUGGUUAUCCUGUAAGUGGCCAGUAUGGCAGAGGCGCUGAAGUUCUCCUGAUACCUAAUAUUAUGGACCCCAUAUCUGCUAGAUACAGUAUAUAUGCAUCCUCUUUCCAUGGACCUGUCUCUCUCAGGUCCUUGUCAUUGAGUUUUGAUUUUUUACCUUUGAAUUCCUUUUUGCAGAUGUACUUCUGCCUCUGGCGUCCUCAGUCACCUUUUAGUGUCAUGUUGUUUUGUACAGUUUGAAACUUUCUAAAAAGCCCUGCUGUUUUGUAUCACAUUUCAGUGUCUCAUUAACUACAUUUGUGCUGCUGUUAGUUGCUUUCAGUAGUUUUGGAUUAUGGUGACUGAGUAUGGAUGCACUAACCGUUGUGUUUCUAAUUCCUUAAAACACUGCUUUGGGAAGAGUUUCCACCUUUUCGUACACUGAUUCAAGCCUCCAUUCCCUCUGGAUCUCUAACCUCGAACGGAACAUAAAACUCGAAGGAGGGAAGAAGAGGGCUGAUAUAUAUACAGUAGUUACGUUGGUACUGGGAGCAUUUGGUGUUGCAAAUUUUGGAUUGAAGGGUUUCCAAAUAUUUAUCUGUACACGACAAACAAGCGAGAACAUUUACUUUCUCUCAAUUGUGUGCCUUCAACAGAGUUGAGCUGCAGGCGGUUUUUAUACAGUGGCAUACUGUUGACACAAAAACUAUUUAUAAGCAGGCUGGAAAGUCACUGUAAUUUCACUUACACGAUCACCGAAGGAACGACAGUACUCUACGGCGGACUACAUACAGCUAUCCGUGCGUGUUUGCUGAAGUAGUACUCGGGAAGCAAAUGCGAGUGUCGGCUUCAAACUUUUGAAGAUUGAAACAGUGCUGUUGCAAACUAAGGGACUACUGAGCAGGGCCAGAAGGUGUCAUGGAGACUGACUGGCAGCUGCAGUCCAGCAGGGCCCCAGCGACUCCCACUCGCUGGCCUGGAGGGCGGGCGGCUUCCGAACACCUCUCGAUGCGGCCUGCUGCUUACAAUGAUGAAGAGGGGCUGGCGGGCUCCGGGCUGGACUCGUAUGAGUCGCGGUUCCUGAUCUCUUAUUGACUGUGCGAUUGUUAAAGGCCCUCUCUCAACUCAAUAAAGUCGCGUAACAUUCACACGGGGAAAUUUUAAGAGCAGAAUAAAUAAACACUAUAACACUAGACUAGGUACACUGUAUAUUUAGAAAGAUUGAUGGAAAAAAUAGGUAUAUACAUUCCAAGGUAAUUUCUGUGAAAUUGUUUUGUAGAGAAAAGGUUUUCAGAAUGUAUUGUACAUUUGUUUGUUUUUGCAAAUAAAAUUGUAUGCUUAC